ACCGGGUCAGCAGUGUGAUGGCUCAGAGAGCAGCGGGGGACAGUGAUGCAGCAGUGACACAUGGCACCGCCUGCCCGCUCUGACUGCAGCUCCCUCAGUACAUCCACCGGGAGACAGGAGCGGCCGGGCCAGGGGAGGCUGAGAGAGGCUGCCGGGAGGCUGGAGGCUGCCGCAACCCCCCACCAGGAUCAGCCCCAGACCAAGCCGCUGUGGAGAGACUGAGGACUGGACGGACCGCGGAUCAUAUCCCCUCCUGUGUGCCUGAGGCUUUCCGUCCCUCCCGAGCCGCCGUAGCGAUGGGAGAUAACGUGUCCAAGCGUCUGAAGCUGAUCUCGGCUCCAGACGCGGAGAUGGAGGAGCGCUCUUUCCCGAACCCGUACCUGGACUGGGAGCAGAGGCUGCCCGGCUCCAGCUCCGGAGCAGAACCCCAGUACAACGAGCCGUUCGAUGCCGACGGACAGGUUAGCGCAGCUUUCCAGAAGAAGGUCCAGAAUAAGAUCAAAGAUCUCCUUCAGCAGAUGGAGGAGGGCCUGAAGACUGCCGACCCCCAUGACUUCUCCACCUACACCGGCUGGACAGGCAUUGCCCUGCUGUACCUCCAGCUAUACCGGGCGUCCCGUGAAGCCACCCACCUGCAGAGGGCGCUGGACUACGUGAAGAGGACCAUGAGGAUCCUGAAUGGCCGUAAAGUGACUUUCCUGUGUGGCGACGCGGGGCCGUUGGCAGUGGGCGCGGUGGUUUACCACAAACUGAAUAACACUGCUGAUAGUCAGGACUGUCUGUCCAGGCUCCUCCAGCUCCAGGGCUCCGUGCUGGCUCCAGACUCUGAGAUGCCAGAUGAGCUGCUGUAUGGCCGGGCCGGCUACCUUUACGCUCUGCUCUACGUUAACAAAGAGAUAGGAGCUGACACAGUGGAUGAGAGCACCAUUACAAAGGUGGUGAUGGCCAUCGUGGAAUCAGGGAAGAACAUGUCAGCCGAGCAGAAGAAGUCGGAUCGCUGCCCUCUGCUCUACGAAUGGCACAAGAAGCAGUACAUUGGUGCUGCCCAUGGCCUGGCUGGAAUCUAUUACAUGCUGAUGCAGCCAGGAGCAAAGGUCCAUCCAGACAUUCUGGCCCAGUUGAUCCGUCCCAGCAUCGACUACGUCCGCCACAAGAGGUUUCGUUCGGGGAACUUCCCAUCGUCGCUGAGUAACGAGAGUGACCGGCUGGUUCACUGGUGCCACGGAGCUCCUGGUGUCAUCCAUAUGCUCAUCAUGGCUUAUAAGGUGUUUAAAGAGGAGAAGUACUUGAAGGAGGCCGCAGAAUGUGCGGAGGUGAUCUGGCAGCGGGGCCUGCUCAGAAAAGGCUACGGUAUCUGCCACGGCACCGCCGGCAACGGAUACGCCUUCCUGUCCCUUUACAAGCUGACCCAGGAGAAGAAAUAUCUGUACCGCGCAUGCAAGUUUGCCGAGUGGUGUUUGGACUACGGGACCCACGGCUGUCGAAUCCCAGACAGACCCUACUCUCUUUUUGAAGGUAUGGCAGGGGCUGUCUACUACCUAUCAGAGGUGGAAAAGCCUGAAGCCUCCUGCCUCCCUGCCUUUGAACUUUGACCUGCCAACUGAUGGGAUAGAGGAUGAAGGGGACGGGGGGACAAAAUGUUUGAGUCUUUGCUCGAAAGCUGGCCAAGGAUGUACAGUAUUUGUGAUGGAGCUUUCAACCUUGGUCAUGAGUAAGUAGUGAGCAAUUACACUGAAAAUGAAGAACUGAGCAGAGUGAGUGCAAUUGUUUGUUUGUUAGAGUAAACAUAUGGUUUGGUUUGUGAAAUUAAAAUUGUAUACAAACAGAUAAAGGCAAGAUUAACUACUAAAUGAUGGACUGAAGAGGACAAUGUUGUGGAUUUUUCUCUUCUUGAAGAUGGACGUGUGUUGGGGCAGAGACAUGGACCCCCCUGUCUCUUCCUGGCAUGGACACAAGAGAGAGAACCCACUCUAACCCUCAGCCUUUAAUAGCAUUGCACCCAGGCCAAGGAAGAGGGGGGGUGUGGAGAGAGCUGAAGAUGGUUGUUGUUUCUAUGCCUCUGCAUGCUCUGUAACUUGUUCUUGGUGCCUCAUAUCCUGUCAAUGUAGUGCUUUCCUCUUCCUGUAUUUGUACAUGUCACAUUGGCUCUUUCAUUUCAUAUAGAAGUCUAAACUAACUUAGUGCGAGUUUGAAGAUUGCCAGACUUGUGUGAAGCUAACCAAUACAGCUGUUAAGUCAGACUAACAUUGGAUUUCUCCUUACUUUUUGUGCAAGGAAAUAUAAACUAUAAAGAUACUUCAGAUAUUGUGCACAUUUUCCCAUUUUUCAAGUCAUUUUUUAGAACCCUUUUUGGAUGUAGCCUCUGGUUAGGGUUUUCCGUAGCAGUGAUUGAUCUGAGUACAAAGCCUUUGUUUACCCUGUAAGAAGUCCAUUUAGUCUUUGCUACUGUAUUAAUCAUCAUGUCCAACAUUGGCUGUUUGGGUGGACCCAUUGUGCCGAUAAGACGAAUUCCACUCGAAAAGUGGAAGCUAGUUAGCCUGGCUGGUUAACACACUGAUUCCCACUAGACUAUUACUUUUUGGUCAUGUGAUUUCAGCAUCUGCUGAGUCACCUGCAGCUCGUGCACACGCAGUGUUGUGUUGGAUCCGCAUUAUAUAAAGUUUAGUGUUAGCUGUCUCUCUUUAAGGUCCAGUCUAUACCAGAGUGACAUACGGAGUCACAUAGGGAGGGCUGAAAUCAAACAAGGGGCAAAUC